CACACAGCAUCCGUACAUCAACGAGUGAUAAAACUUACAUUGUUGAAUAUUCCGAAUUAAAAUACUCUAUUAAAAUGAAGUUGGUGACGGCUUGCGCACUCCUCAUAGCUUCAGCAUUGGCGGAGCCUCCUGUAGACAACAGGUACCUCCCUCCCUCGCAAAACUAUGGACCUCCAGAUUCGGGUGUGUUCGGUGCUCGAGGACCUAAUGGAUUCCGAAGUUCUUCCCGUUUCCCAUCUACCCGCGUUGGGUCAAGCUUCGGAGCUCCCCACGGGGCCCUCUCUGCUCAGUAUGGCGCACCCCAACUGACGCUGAACAGUCAAUUUGGCAAUGCCCCAUCUACCCAAUACGGCGCGCCCCAAGCCCCAACAGCAAAGUACGGGCCGCCUCAGAGUAGCCCAGCGAUAUUGUACGGCGCUCCUCGCGAUGGCUUCGGACCUCAACUGAGUGGUCAACGUGCGAACGGGGCCGACUUUAGCGAUUUACAAAGCAGACAUUACCUGCCCCCCGGAACUGGUAGAGAUGGGUACGGCGCUGAUGAAGCUAACGGCGAACCUGCGAAGUAUAGCUUCGAAUAUAUGGUGAAGGACGAGUAUUCUGGAAAUGAUUUCGGUCACCACGAAACCCGGCUCGGUGAUAGAGCAGAAGGAAUUUAUUACGUAGUUCUACCCGACGGCAGGAAACAGACCGUUGAAUAUGAAGCCGAUCAAGAGGGAUACAAACCAAGAAUUUCCUACGAAGACACCGGUCUUGGAGCCUUCAGAGCCGGCCAGGGAUAUGUCAAUGGAGGCUACAGCCAGGACGGGCCCUACUAGUCGAUAACAAAGGCUACCAACCCAUCAUUUGUAUAUAAACAUUUUGAUGAACCAUUAAAUAUCAAAAAUUUUCAGAUUUUUUUAUUUUAUCGAUUCACUUAAAACUCAAAACUUUUGGUAAUUUAAUGACAGAAAAAACUUCUAAAAGUACAUUAAUGUACGCUAACUUUCUUUUAUUACACUUCAAAACAUUUUUAUUUAUAUUUUUUUCAAUGUACUUUUUGUUAAUUUUAAAACCACCGGUAUUAGUAAUAAUUAACAUUCGCUUUUUGUAAAACAUAAACUCACUGAGAUUUAACUUCCUUAUCGUUUUCCAAAUACCUUUACGCUGUAUUUUCUUGUUAUUUGGUAAUUUAUAACGAAUUCAUGUAAAAACUUGCGCUUUUAAUACUAAUUAACGUGAAAUAUUGUAAAUAAACAACGUAAGGCUUAUUUAGUCUUUAAGCUUUUCAUAAAAAUAUAA